AUGGGCGAAGAAAAAUUACUUGUGUCCAUUGUAACUACGUCAUGCCACUUGCACAGGGACCCCGUGGAGGAGAUAGUGCGAAAGUUGGCCGGCCCUGACGAACGAGAGGCGGCGAGAACAGCACCAUCAAAGGUAGAAAUGUAUCGAGGGAUCACGGUGGAGGAGCUCGGCGCAAAAUGGCUGGAGGCAGUUCUUGAGCUCGAGAAAAGAGAGAUUACGGUCGCUAACGCCGAACACGCCUUGGAAGGAGCACUCUCAAUCAGGGAGUUCGAUGGAUCCCUCAUUCGCCACGAGACGUUCGUCUUUCUGGACGUCGUUUGGCUGUCCAGGAUUCUCAAGCCCUUGCUCAAUCACAAGGACCAGGAGACCUUCGAGGGCUUUGUGAAGCUUGGGGACAAUGGCGACUCGUGUAUCACCCUCCACGACCAGGUGGACAUCGCUUCGUGGCGCAGGCUCAAGAGCGAGGGUAUCCUCGAACCCAGGUUGGCGCAUGUCAUAUGGCCUGCUGGCUUGUCCGAGUACGUGCUCCCUACCCUGGUGUCCCUGGGUUUGACGUUUCCACUCGAAAACGAUGACGCCGGGGGGUUGGUAGUUCUACUUCGGCUAAAGCCCGGCCGCCCCGCGCGUGUGGGCAAAGUGAUCGACACGUUCUGCUCGCAGAACAUCCCUGUAUUCAGCGCUAGCUGGAAGAUUUUUCUCGGUGUGCCGGCGGGUGCGAUGGAAAAAGUAUUGACUCGGUGCUGCAGCAUUGGUGGUGUGCAGACGUUUUGGCGCUUUGGGGUGCUUGUCCACGGCAGCUUUGGCGACGCGCGAGAUGGCAGCGGGGAUUUCGCCGUGGUCUUAGAGUACUCGUCCAUCAACAAUGAGCUCACCGCUCAGAUAUAUGGCGAUAAAAGCCAACCUGCUCCGUGGGCAGCGCUUUCGUACGUCAUCUCUUCCGUGAGGUUUGUGCUGUUGGAGUUUCCAGGGCUGCGCUGGAGAGGCUUGCUAAAGUGUCCUCAGCAUGGCGACCCAAUGCUUUUGGACAGCGAGGUGUACCGAAGGAGCCAUUCAGGAACGUUGCCCGUUCUCAAGUUUCCGUUGGAAGCCCUCAACUUCGAGAUCUACGACCGUACCAUCUUGCAAGGAGACCAACUUCUGCUGGAAAGCGCUGGAUGCCGGCAAUGCAGUCCCAAGAUUAGGGGGCAAGGGGCAGCGGCCAUCAAGCUCUUGCGUAUGGUCGACAUCCGACUUGAGCGAGACGUGGUUUUCGACGAGGUCAAGGCGAGGUUCUUGGAAUGCGAACACAUCUUCUCUCGUCCGACGCUGAGUGUGGCCGUUCUGUGCCUGUCGUCGCGUCAUGUUUGUACAAAGCAGGAUCCUUCCCAGGAGCAGGGCGAGUUGAUUCGAAAGAUGGACGACGUGGCCACAGCUGUGGAAGUGGGGAUCAGCAACCUAGAGGGCGUGGUGAAGGGAGGGUUCCACGACACCAACACCGAGUUGCGUGGCGUGAAAAAGGAAGUGAAGGACGGGUUCAGCAUGAUAUCGGGAAGGCUGGAUAAGGUGCUGGAGAGCACCCAGGAAAGCCUCAUGCGCAUCAGGCACUUGCAGGCCCCGAACUACCGUUACCCUCGCCUCGUGGUCGUCAAGGAGGUUGGAUCUGAUGGCACUGCAUCGAAGGCUCAUGGGAAGAAGAGUUUGCUGAGCAAGCUGCGUCUUUUAGGGAAGAAAGAUAUGACACUUCACUUCUUGUGCCCGGUCGACAUGACAAAGGUACCGUGCGGCUAUGGUGGUGAAGGCUAUCGAUUUCAGGAGACGCGUGGCUGGGUAAAGAAAAUAUCGCCUGUCCUUCAGGUGGCCGUGGUGACUGCGAAGGUGGCGCUCAACGCAACGACAGGGCUGGACGUGGACAUCUCGAAUUUCCUGAAGGACGUGAAAGAUGGGUUGGUCAAUGAGCUAGUCGACCGGACUCUCGACGAGGCGCUGCUCCGUGCUGUUUCGGGUGACGACGACAUCGGGGCAGAGUUGCAAACGGAUACGAGGGCCUCGUAUGAAGCGCUGAAGAAGUUCAUGGACCAGGAACAAGUUGACAGGGUUAAGAACGCCCGGGAUGGUGAUGGCUACAUCGACUUAAGGGACGAGAUGAAACGUGUCACCGACGGGAGGGGCGGGAUGGUGUGGGUUCGGAACGACAAUGUUCAAAAGUGGUUGGACUCGCAUUCGAUUGCUGCUCCAACUCGCUAGCCGUCGGUCUUGUUUGGUGCAGCGUAUGCACCUGAAACCACCCUCACCGGAUUCUAUCCCUUUGGCGGACGUUGUUGUACCCAAGGGGUCCAGACUACCGUUGGGUAUUACCUUGAAGGGAUAUUUCGACUUGGGAGAACGAGCGUAUCUCGUUCUGUGGUUUGUCGUUGUCGGUGCCUGUCCGUCAAGUUCACCCGAAACACCAGGGCUUGGUAGAGGGUGGUUGACCAGUAUCCCGAGAAUCCACGCAUUCCGGUAGCUUAUG